AUGAAGCUCUCGCAGUCCGCCCUGUUGGCAUUCGCCGCCGCGGUGCUCGCCGCCCCUCCCUCGGAACCCCGGCAAACCACCGCUGGGUGCUCCUCCGAUGUCACCCUCGACCCCAGCACCAAUGCCUUCAAGAAGUACACGCUUCAUGCCAACACCUUCUACCGCAGCGAGGUUGAGGCUGCCGUGAAGACCAUGACCGACUCCAGCCUUGCCGCGGCCGCCGCCAAGGUUGCCGACGUUGGUAGCUUCUUGUGGCUCGACACCAUUGAGAACAUCGGCAGGCUUGAGCCAGCUCUCGCCGAUGUCCCUUGCGACCACAUCCUCGGUCUGGUCAUCUACGAUCUGCCCGGUCGUGAUUGCGCCGCCAAGGCUUCCAACGGCGAGUUGAAAGUUGGCGAGAUCGACAAAUACAAGACCUCGUACAUUGACCCCAUCGUCAAGAUCCUCAAGGCCCACUCCAACACGGCCUUCGCGCUUGUCAUCGAGCCCGACUCCCUCCCCAACCUGGUGACCAACGCCGACUUGCAGACCUGCAAGGACAGCGCCGCCGGCUACCGUGAGGGUGUCGCCUACGCCCUCAAGUCGCUCAACCUGCCCAACGUCGUCAUGUACGUCGACGCUGGACACGGUGGCUGGCUCGGCUGGGACGCCAACCUCGACCCCGGUGCAGAGGAGCUUGCCAAGGUCUACAAGGACGCUGGCAGCCCCAAGCAGGUCCGCGGUUUCGCGACCAACACCGCCGGCUGGAACUCUUGGGACGAGAGCCCCGGUGAGUUCUCCACCGCCUCGGACGCCAAGUACGACAGCUGCCAGAACGAGAAGAUCUACGUCGACACCUUCUCGCCUCUGCUCAAGAAGAACGGCAUGCCCGGCUACGCCAUCGUCGACACUGGCCGCAACGCCGUCACCGGUCUCCGUGACGAGUGGGGUGACUGGUGCAACGUCGACGGCGCCGGCUUCGGUGUCCGCCCCACGGCCAACACUGGCGACGACCUCGCCGACGCCUUCGUCUGGAUCAAGCCCGGUGGCGAGUCCGACGGCACCAGCGACGAGUCCGCCACCCGCUACGACAGCUUCUGCGGCAAGCCCGACGCCUUCAAGCCCUCGCCCGAGGCCGGUACCUGGAACCAGGCCUACUUCGAGAUGCUCCUCAAGAACGCCAAGCCCGCUUUCUAAGCUCGCCAAUGCCGUCGUUGCCGCCGCCGCACUAGCAGUCGUGGUGCUCGGGAAUAUGUCCAAUGCUUCCGGGCCCGCGGGCAAGGGAUUCUAGACGCGGCAGAAAGGAAAGGCUGUUUCUCUUCAGGUGUAUAUAUACAUAUAUAGCUCAGUAUAUAUAUGAUUAUUACGAAACUAUAAUCGGAAGUGAUUGGCGUCCCAUAUUCGAUCGGUGAUUUUUGU